GAAGCUCACUGGGUCCUUUCCUUAAAGGAAGGAAAGAAGGAAGAAAGGAAGGACCCAGGAAGAUGGGAAACAGACAGAACGUUUACCUUUUUCCCCUAAGUUUAACCCAUUCUGGACCUAACAAUUGAAAUUCCAUGUAUGACUUUCCUCGAAGAAAAAUGAUUAUGGCAUGGCGGAUUUAUUCAUGUAGCGGUGGCCCAAAGGAAAUACAAUUUUUACAAAUGCAAAUAUAAACAACUCCUUGCACGAAGGAAGGAUCUUGGCAAAAGAGUCAAAGCAAAGACAUCAGCAUUGUGAAGAAGAAGUAAUAACAAAGGCACCAAGAAACUUCCUUGCUGUUGUUUUCCCAAGAGUGGACUAUCUCCAAAGGACACGUUUUGUGGCAUGUUCAUAAAGCCGAAAGCACCGCCAUGUUCCAAUAUCACUGCGACAUGGCUGUCCACGAGAGAGACCAGAAAAAGUGGGCCUUGAUCCGGAAUGUCAACCAAGCCUUGAAACCCCCCACUCUUUUAUCGGGGGAUUAUGUAUGGAUGGACCUCAAGACCGGGCGGGAAUUUGAUGUUCCCAUUGGAGCUGUGGUCAAGCUUUGUGAUUCCGGGCAGAUCCAAGUGGUCGACGACGAAGGAAAUGAGCAUUGGAUAUCCCCGCAGAAUGCCAGCCACAUCAAACCAAUGCACCCAACUUCUAUCCAUGGCGUGGAGGACAUGAUCCGCCUGGGAGACCUGAACGAGGCCGGCAUCCUGCGCAAUUUGCUCAUCCGCUACCGGGAGCAUCUGAUCUAUACUAACUGUGGUGGUAGGACAUACACAGGCUCGAUCUUAGUGGCCGUGAACCCUUAUCAGCUCCUCCCGAUCUACUCACCAGAACAGAUACGCCUCUACACCAACAAAAAGAUCGGGGAGAUGCCACCCCACAUCUUUGCCAUUGCAGACAAUUGCUACUUUAACAUGCAGAGAAACAACAGAGAUCAGUGUUGCAUUAUAAGCGGUGAGUCAGGAGCAGGGAAGACCGAAAGCACCAAGCUGAUUCUACAGUUUUUGGCUGCAAUCAGUGGGCAGCACUCUUGGAUCGAGCAACAAGUGUUGGAAGCCAAUCCCAUUCUAGAAGCCUUUGGGAACGCAAAAACGAUCCGCAACGACAACUCCAGCCGGUUUGGCAAAUACAUUGACAUCCAUUUCAACAAACGGGGCGCAAUCGAGGGAGCCAAGAUCGAGCAGUACCUUCUGGAGAAAUCCCGUGUUUGCCGACAGGCCCAAGAUGAGAGGAACUACCACGUGUUUUACUGCAUGUUGAAAGGAAUGACUCUGGAGCAGAAGAAGAUGCUGGGACUUAGGAAAGCAGCCGACUAUAACUACCUCUCGAUGGGUAACUGUAUUACCUGCGAUGGCAGAGAUGACAGCAAAGAGUACUCAAACAUCAGAGCAGCGAUGAAAGUCCUCAUGUUCACCGACACGGAGAACUGGGAGAUCUCCAAGCUCCUGGCCGCCAUUCUACAUAUGGGGAACUUGCGGUAUGAAGCUCGGUCCUAUGACAACCUGGAUGCCUGUGAAGUUGUUCACUCUGCUUCGCUGAUUACAGCUGCUUCAUUGCUGGAGGUGGACCCUCAGGAUUUGAUGAACUGUCUCACCAGCCGGACUAUUAUCACGAGAGGGGAGACCGUCUCCACCCCGCUCAGCAUGGAGCAGGCUCUGGACGUGAGGGAUGCUUUUGUCAAGGGAAUCUACGGAAGGCUUUUUGUGUGGAUCGUGGAGAAGAUCAACGCUGCCAUUUACAGACCUCCUUCCCAGGAACACAAAAAUGUCAGGAGAUCCAUCGGGUUGCUCGAUAUCUUUGGCUUUGAGAAUUUCACUGUAAACAGUUUUGAGCAGCUCUGCAUUAACUUUGCAAAUGAGAACCUCCAGCAGUUCUUUGUCCGCCAUGUCUUCAAGCUGGAACAAGAGGAGUACAACCUGGAGAACAUCAACUGGCAGCAUAUUGAGUUCACGGAUAACCAAGAUGCGCUGGACAUGAUCGCCAUCAAGCCCAUGAACAUCAUCUCUCUCAUCGAUGAGGAGAGCAAGUUUCCCAAGGGAACAGAUGCCACGAUGCUGCACAAACUGAACUCCCAGCAUAAGCUGAACACCAACUACAUCCCACCCAGGAACAACUACGAAACCCAGUUUGGUAUCAACCACUUCGCUGGAAUUGUGUACUAUGAAACAAAAGGAUUUCUGGAGAAAAACAGGGACACGCUCCAUGGAGACAUCAUUCAGCUGGUUCAUUCCUCGAGAAACAAAUUCAUCAAGCAGAUCUUCCAGGCUGAUGUAGCCAUGUAUCUCUGUGGCUAUGCAUCCAGUACUUUUGGCCAGUCGCCUGCGCCCACUUUGAAGGUCCUUUACAAGAGGACAGACUCGCUUAUGGAUACACAGAGGGCUUGUCUCAGAGAAGCAAGGCUGUUUUCUGAGUUGGCUAGGGAUGAGUGGAACCGCUACCUUCUGCAUGAAAAGGGAGCAGAGACUAGGAAGCGUUCCCCGACUCUCAGCAGCCAGUUCAAGCGCUCUUUGGAGCUGCUGAUGAGAACCCUCAGCGUCUGCCAGCCGUUCUUCGUCCGUUGCAUCAAACCCAACGAGUACAAGAAGCCCAUGCUGUUUGACCGGGAGCUCUGUGUCCGCCAGCUGAGGUACUCCGGGAUGAUGGAGACCAUCCGGAUCCGCAGGGCUGGCUACCCCAUCCGUUAUACCUUUGUGGAGUUUGUGGACAGGUACCGGGUGCUCAUGCCUGGGGUGAAACCAGCGUACAAACAGGGUGACCUGCGAGGAACAUGUCAGCGUAUUGCUGAAGCUGUAUUAGGGAAAGACGAUGACUGGCAGAUUGGCAAAACAAAGAUAUUCCUGAAGGAUCACCACGAUAUGCUCCUGGAGAUAGAGAGGGACAAAGCCAUCACCGACAAGGUCAUCCUCAUCCAAAAAGUGGUCCGUGGAUUUAAAGACAGGUCGAAUUUCCUGAAAGUGAGGAAUGCCGCUCUGAUGAUUCAGCGGAACUGGAGGGGCCAUAAUUGCCGGAGAAACUAUGGUGCUAUGCGCAUUGGCUUCCUGAGGUUGCAGGCCCUCUACCGUUCCCGCAAACUGCACAAGCAAUAUCACAUGGCUCGCAGGCGCAUCAUCGAGUUCCAAGCCCGGUGCCGGGGUUUCCUGGUCCGCCGGGCCUUCCGACAUCGCCUCUGGGCAGUCUUCACCAUCCAGGCCUAUGCCCGGGGCAUGAUUGCUCGCCGCCUAUAUAAGCGGUUGAAGGGAGAGUAUCAUCGUCGCCUGGAAGCCGAAAAGCUACGUCUGCUGGAAGAGGAGCGACUGCGCAAAGAGAUGAGUGCCAAGAAAGCCAAAGAAGAAGCUGAAAAGAAGCACCAAUUACGCCUCGCCCAGCUGGCCCGGGAAGAUGCCGAAAGGGAAAUCAAGGAAAAGGAGGAAGCUCGGCGGAAAAAAGAACUCUUGCAGAAAAUGGAGAAGGCCCGAAACGAACCUGUGAACGACUCGGACAUGGUGGACAAAAUGUUUGGUUUCUUGGGAACAACGUCUUCUUUGCCCGGACAAGAAGGGCAAGCACCUAAUGGCUUUGAGGAUCUUGAGAGGGUUUCAAAAGAGCUGGAGGAAGAUGAUCUGGAUACGGCCUUACCUUUGCCCGAGGAAGAGGAGGAAGACCUCUCUGAGUACAAGUUUGCAAAGUUUGCCGCCACAUAUUUCCAAGGCACAACUACACACACCUACAUUCGCCGGCCUCUCAAGCAGCCGCUCCUGUAUCAUGAGGAUGAAGGAGACCAGCUGGCAGCCCUUGCAGUGUGGAUUACAAUCCUUCGCUUCAUGGGGGACCUUCCCGAACCAAAAUAUCACACAGCAAUGAGUGACGGCAGCGAGAAGAUUCCAGUGAUGACCAAAAUAUAUGAGACGUUGGGGAAGAAGACGUACAAAAAGGAGCUCCAAGCCCUGCAAGGUGAAGGAGAGAGUGCUCACAUAGAAGGACACAAGAAGAACAGCGUACGCCACAAAUUGGUCUCCUUGACGCUCAAAAAGAAAUCCAAGUUAACUGAAGAGGUGACCAAACGCCUUCAUGAUGGUGAGUCCACCGUCCAGGGCAACAGCAUGCUUGAGGACCGACCCACCUCCAAUUUGGAAAAGCUCCAUUUCAUUAUUGGUAAUGGCAUCCUCAGGCCAGGAUUAAGGGAUGAAAUUUAUUGCCAGAUCUGCAAACAGCUGAGCCAAAACCCUUCGAAAAGCAGCCAUGCCCGAGGGUGGAUCCUUGUGUCUUUAUGCGUCGGAUGCUUCGCCCCUUCGGAAAAGUUUGUCAAGUAUUUAAGGAACUUCAUCAACGGAGGCCCUCCUGGUUAUGCUCCGUAUUGCGAAGAGAGACUGAGGAGGACCUUCGCCAAUGGGACCAGGACUCAGCCGCCAAGUUGGUUGGAACUCCAGGCCACCAAAUCGAAGAAGCCAAUCAUGUUGCCUGUUACAUUUAUGGAUGGGACGACAAAGACUCUGCUGACGGAUUCAGCAACAACAGCCAAAGAGCUCUGUAACUCUUUGGCUGACAAAAUCAGCUUAAAGGACCACUUUGGAUUUUCACUGUACAUCGCUUUGUUCGACAAGGUCUCUUCCCUCGGAAGUGGCAGUGACCACGUGAUGGACGCUGUAUCUCAGUGUGAGCAAUAUGCCAAAGAGCAAGGAGCCCAGGAACGCAAUGCUCCUUGGAGGCUUUUCUUCAGGAAGGAGAUCUUCACGCCUUGGCACAACCCAAACGAAGACAACGUUGCCACAAACCUCAUUUAUCAGCAGAUUGUGAGAGGAGUGAAAUUUGGAGAGUAUCGGUGUGAUAAAGAAGAAGACUUGGCAGAAUUGGCUUCCCAGCAAUAUUACGUGGAUUAUGGGUCCGAGAUGGUCUUGGAGCGGCUCCUGAACUUGAUCCCCUCCUACAUCCCAGACAGAGAGAUCACGCCUUCGAAAACCAUUGAAAAGUGGGCUCAGUUCAUCAUUGCAGCCCACAAAAAGGGAAUCUAUACCCAGAAGAGAACAGACCCCCAAAAGGUCAAGGAAGAAGUGGUGGAUUUUGCCCGUUUCAAGUGGCCUUUGCUGUUCUCCAGGUUCUAUGAAGCUUUCAAAUUCUCAGGUCCUAGCCUUCCCAAAAAUGAUGUAAUAGUAGCUGUGAAUUGGACGGGAGUGUACUUUGUAGAUGAACAGGAACAGGUCCUUCUGGAACUUUCCUUUCCAGAGAUCACCGCUGUCUCCAGCAGCAGAGGAGGGAAGCUCCAGGGACAGAGCUUCACCUUGGCCACCAUCAAAGGAGAUGAAUACACAUUCACUUCCAACAACGCAGAGGACAUCCGGGACCUUGUGGUGACGUUUCUGGAAGGGCUGAGGAAGAGAUCGAAAUACGUUGUCACGCUCCAGGACAACCCAAAUCCUAUGGGUGAAGAAUCUGGUUUCCUCAGCUUCCUCAAAGGAGAUUUGAUUAUUCUGGACCAGGACACCGGAGAGAACGUGAUGAACUCUGGUUGGGCCAACGGGAUCAAUGAGAGGACCAAGCAGAAAGGAGACUUCCCAACGGAUUCGGUUUACGUCCUGCCCACGGUCACCAUGCCUGCGUUGGAGAUUGUGGCAUUGGUCACGAUGACUCCAGACCAGAGGCAGGAUGUCAUAAGGACAGCUCAGUUGGUGAUGUCUGACAGUGAGGAACGGAUGAAGCCAUAUACCCUAGAAGAAUUCUCCUAUGAUUAUUUUAGGCCUCCUCCCAAGCACACACUUAGCAGGGUCAUGAUCACCAAAAACCGAGGGAAGGACAAGAUGUGGUCUUACACCCGAGAACCCAUCAAGCAGCCGUUGCUGAAGAAGAUCCUGGGCAGCGAGGAGCUGUCACAAGAAGCUUGCAUGGCAUUUAUUGCAGUCCUGAAGUAUAUGGGCGACUACCCCUCCAAAAGGACCCGCUCCGUCAAUGAACUCACAGACCAAAUAUUUGAAGGGGCCUUGAAAGCAGAACCGCUCAAAGAUGAGAUUUACUCUCAGGUUCUGAAGCAGCUCACAGACAACCACAUCAAAUAUAGUGAAGAGAAAGGUUGGGAGCUGCUUUGGCUGUGUACAGGCCUUUUCCCGCCAAGCAACAUCCUCCUGCCCCACGUCCAGCGCUUCAUCCAGUCUCGGAAACAUCAUCCGCUCGCCAAUGAUUGCAUGCAGAGGCUGCAGAAAGCGUUAAGGAAUGGAUCCCGAAAAUACCCUCCCCAUCUGGUAGAAGUUGAGGCCAUUCAGCACAAAACUACUCAGAUUUUCCAUAAAGUGUACUUCCCGGAUGACACAGAUGAGGCAUUUGAAGUGGAAUCAAGCACAAAAGCAAAGGAUUUCUGCCAGAACAUCUCCAACCGGCUACUGCUGAAGACAUCAGAGGGUUUCAGCCUUUUUGUCAAGAUCUCUGACAAGGUCAUCAGUGUACCCGAAGGGGACUUCUUCUUUGAUUUUGUCAGGCACUUAACUGACUGGAUCAAGAAAGCUAGACCAGCAAAAGAUGGGAUAGUGCCUUCUCUCACGUACCAAGUGUUCUUCAUGAAAAAGUUGUGGACAAAUACUGUGCCUGGAAAGGAUUCAAUGGCUGACUCCAUCUUCCACUACUAUCAGGAAUUACCAAAGUACCUUCGUGGCUACCACAAAUGCAGCCGGGAAGAGGUCCUUCAGCUGGGAGCCCUGAUCUAUAGGGUGAAAUUUGAAGACGACAAAACCUAUUUCCCCAGCAUCCCCAAACUCCUCAAGGAGCUGGUCCCCGAGCCUCUCAUCCGGCAGCUGUCCCCUGACGACUGGAAGAGGUCAAUUGUGGCCUAUUUUAACAAGCAUGCAGGUAAAACGAGAGAAGAAGCCAAGCUUGCCUUCCUCAAGAUAGUAUUCAAGUGGCCUACGUUUGGAUCGGCUUUCUUUGAAGUGAAGCAAACUACUGAUCCAAAUUACCCAGAACUCCUCCUUAUUGCCAUCAACAAGCAUGGUGUCAGCCUCAUCGAUCGCAAAACCAAGGAUAUUCUCAUCACUCACCCCUUCACAAAGAUUUCCAACUGGAGCAGCGGCAACACCUACUUCCACAUUACGAUUGGCAACUUGGUACGAGGAAGCAAAUUGCUUUGCGAGACGUCAUUGGGCUACAAGAUGGAUGAUCUCUUGACCUCCUACAUCAGCCAGAUGCUGACGGCAAUGAGCAAGCAACGGAGCGCCAAAGGCAGCAAGUGAACUGAGAGCGGCCACUGGCCAAAGGCUUUGGCACUGCUCUGCCAGCUGCGGGCGGUGGGCUACCCCUGCAGCUGGGGCAAGACCUUCUCCACCAACAUGUGGAAGAUGAGCCGGACUCCUUCGGAAAGCAUGUCAGACUCCGACUCGGAGGACUGUGGACUGACCUCCCCUUCAAGUGAGGAUGACUAUCUCUGAGAGCCGCCUUUCAUUUUUAACUCACACCUACACACUUAUUCCUUUCUUGUUCUGGAUUUGAGCCUCGGCGCUUCGUUCAGACUGCGGUACAGCAAAACUCCAGUGUGGUUAUUAUCAUUUUUUAUUUUUAAUAUGGAACCAAAACAACAGGAGUUGUCGUGGACCGAGAGUGGAAACGCUAUGCACUGCUUCUGUUUGGGGUCUUUCGAAUCAAAAGUAUCAACAAAAGAGUUUCAUGGACCAAGACACUGGGCUAAAAAUAGGAGAAUCUUCUGAGUUCGGAGAUGCUUUUUGGAGGGGAAGAGAGAGAAAAAAACAGCAUAUUCCUUUUUUACAUUCCUUUUUCAAUUCCAUUUAAAAAUCCAAGGAAAAGUUGUACAUUUCAUACACAAAAGGAAAGAAAAAAAGUAAUUGAUCAAAAAGCAUGGAACGUAUAUGGGUCACAAAGCUUAAAUGUGCAAUAGAGGACCUUGUUCAAGGAGGUUUGGUUUUGCAGUGUUUUAUAAACAUGUCUUACUCCUUUUAUUUAUUUAACAUGGGGCGGAGAAUGGUUUUUCUCAGCAGAGAUAAAAGUGUGGAGACUGUUUCAAAGUUGAGGUGAUGUUUGGUUUGGACAGAUCUGUCUCCUCCUCCUGAGGGGAAGAUAAUAAAAAAGGUCUGAUCAGGGGACUCAUUUCUGAACAGGUAAGUUUAACAUCAUGUGCAAAGUUUCCCAUCUUGGCUUUUGGGUUGAAAGGGAGGAUGAGCGGUAGAUUCUUCCAGUUUAGAAUCUGUGCAGACCUAUCAUGCAGAAAAUUGUGAUAAUUCACUAACUUAGCAAAAAGGCAGAAUUAUUGGGGAAAGGGGAAAUUGCUGCUAAGGCAUUGUAUUUUUAUUUAAAUGGGCAAAGAACUAUAAGCAGACAUCCUUCAGAUUUGUAUCCCCAGUUAUGGUUUCUGUCAAGUUUAGGAAGGAAGCAGGGAGAGGAAUGAAAGUAUUAUAAUUUGAGAAAGCAACCUUCCAUUUGGUCCACAAGGCAGGGAAAGAUUUGAGGCCUCCCUUUUAAAUCAACCUUUGCUGAUCUGUUCUAAAAAGAAGAGUGGAAAGGUAAAAUGCUGUUCCAAGAAAUAUUUGGCCCUUUUGAAUUGCGAAACUGGCAUUUCCAUUGUUUGGUCAACUUUCUGGAAUUUUAAAGCCGAGGUAAGAAACUUCAGCAUGGGCAAUGUCCCCUGUACCAAGUUACAAAACUGCAUUUUUGGCCAAAACCAUCAUAAAAUGUACCCCAGGUGUGAUCAGAAGUCUGACUUUGGUCUGCAAUUCCUUUUUUAAAAACUGGUUUUGAAAUAUUUUCAGUGGGGUAUUUUAAAUGAAUACUUCCUCACUAAGUAUACAAGGAGAUUCCCCCCCCCCCCUAAUAUUUUUAAUAUGAUCUUUGAGGAAGGGAGGAGUAGCCACAAAUAAAAGCCUGGAGACUGCAUGCUGAUCAUAGACAGCAGUGCACUUUCCUCAUCCUUCCUCCAAAUCUGAUUGCUGCUCAUUUGGGGAUCUGAUGGCUGUGGAAUAUGUUUCAAGAAAGUUCAAAGGCACCAUCCAUUGGGAAUGUCCCCUCCUGCAGUGAAUGAAAGACACAGGUAUGCAGUCGGAAACUUGCACACUUGACAGAACUCUUCAUAGAUUCACGAGUUUCCAAAUCCAAGGCUUUUGGUUCAUUAUGGCUCUGGGAGACACUGACACACAAACAUCCAAGCCCAUAUUUUGUUUCGAGGUGUCUUUCCUCAACUGGAAUCACUCGACGAGGGAGUGAAUCGGACCAGGUUUUCGACAUAACCAUAACUGUGCCACUUGUACCCUUUGGCUCAUGCUGUGCAACUUCCUGGGUUGGCCUACACCCCAAUAUGUCUUACUGCAUAAGUUUUUUGAUGUGUGUCUUUUCUUGUUUUCAAAGUCAUUUUUUUUGGGAAGGAGUGGAUCCAGUCUAUGUGUUGCGUUUUGUGUGUCUGCCUCUGUUUGUCGUGUUCAUACAUGAAAAGUGAUACAGAAUGGUUGUUGCGGUGGAACAUUCCAAUUAAAGCUAAACAUUUUGAGAAAAAAAA